AUGAUUUCUAUAAAGGCCAAUAAGCUGCUGUAUGUGGCCGCCGCAGUGGUCACCUUGUUCUUUGUGUUUGUGUCAUUUGUCCUUAAUUAUAACAGGGGAACACCGGCCAAGUCUUCGGCGCGAAAAUCGGUCCUUCGAGUGAUUUCGGUUGCGCUCGUCUCGGCAUCUUACAUCGCGGAAACGGUUCUCAUCUCCCUGCAGCACCAUGAACCCGAUUGGACUGACGAUCGCUUAUUCGCAAUGGUGAUCCUGGCCCUGGGGUGGGCUUCAACCUGCCUUCGCAAAGAGCUCCUCAUCCCGGAGAUCUGGGGCCUUUCCUUGAUUUCGUUCGGAUUUGGGAUCUCCGGGCUGGCUCUGGAUGCUCUGUAUCCAGUGCUGACCCCACAGCACAAAGCAUUGCUGGCCAUUGAAUUUGGUCGACUGCUACUUGUGGUAGGAUCGCUGAUCGAUUGUCUUGUCUGCUCUCUCUUCCUCAAAAAGAGAUUGAAGCUGGAGGAUGAGGAAGGCGAAGAAGAUGAAGCGAGACCAUUCCUCCACACCUCAAAUGGCCAGGCCAUGCACAACCAGGUCUCAGAAUCGUCUUCCAGCGACGACGGUUCGGACUCGGAUGACUCCGACGAUGAUGAAGAUGAUCCCAAGAAUUCGCGAACCGGCCAGCUGCGCCACAGCGGCAGCUGGAUGGUCUAUAUUCACAACUUCAAGGUCUUUCUGCCGUAUUUGAUUCCCCGCAAAGAUCUCAAAGUGCAGGCCUGUCUUCUCAUUUGCGUCCUCUGCCUAAUUGCCGAUCGCUUUUUGAAUAUCCUGGUCCCUCGUCAGCUCGGCAUCGUUGCCGACAAGCUUUUCGCCGGAGAGCUCCCGUUCGCCGACCUGGGCAUUUACUUCGUCUUGAACCUGCUCCAUGGGGAUGCGGGCCUGCGCAUUAUCCAGUCGCUGGCCAAGAUUCCUGUCGAACAGUUCUCGUAUCGUCAGCUUACCAAUGCCGCCUUCAACCACGUCAUGGGUCUCGCCAUGGAGUUCCAUUCAGACAGAGACUCUGCGGAAGUGAUGAAGGCCAUUGAGCAGGGCGAGGCACUGACCAAUCUCCUGGAGACGGCCAUCUUGGAGAUGUCGCCCACGGUGAUUGACAUGUUUGUUGCGUUCGUCUUCCUCUACGUCAAAUUCAACUCCUCCGCGGCGCUUAUCAUGGUAACCGCGUCGCUGGCAUUUCUGGCCCUCGAAGUCGUCACCUCCAGUUGGAAUGUACAAAACCGCCGCCGUCUGACCAAGGCUGAGCGAGCCGAGACCCGUGUGAUGCACCAGGCGAUCCAGGGAUGGCAGACGGUCUCCGCGUUUAAUAUGUUCACUUACGAAAAAUUCCGCUUUGGAGGCGCAGUAGACCAGCAUCUAGGGGCCAAGAUGAGCUGGGCCAAGAUGGAUGCAUAUACAAGUGGCCUGGCGGAGGUGCUCGUCCCAACCACCUUCUUGUUGUUGGCAUGCCUCGUUGCGCGCGAGAUUUAUGAGGGGCGUGCGUCCCCAGGUGACUUUGUCUUUCUGACCCAGUAUUGGGACCACCUUGUCUGGCCGAUCAUGUAUCUGUCGCACGAGUACCGCUGGCUCGUAUCCCAGUUGAUCGACGCGGAGCGACUACUGGAUCUGCUCACGACCCAGCCCACCGUCACCGAUAAAGAAGACGCUCUUGAUCUCGGACCGGCCGAGGGACGAGUCGAUUUCGAGCGUGUCGGCUUCUCGUACGCGACCAGGAAGACCGUGGUCCACGACGUCAACAUCUCCGCAUCACCAGGCGAGAGCAUUGCCCUCGUCGGAGCUACGGGCGCAGGCAAGACAUCGCUCAUGAAGCUCCUCCUCCGCUACUACGACGUAACCUCGGGAAGUAUCAAGAUCGACGGGCACGACGUGCGCGACAUCACGCAAAGCUCUCUGCGCGACGUGCUGGGAGUCGUCCCGCAAGACCCAGUCCUCUUCAACGCAUCAAUCAUGGAAAACCUGCGCUACGCAAAACUCUCCGCCUCCGACGAAGAGAUCUUCGAGGCGUGCCGCGCCGCCGCCAUCCACGACAAGAUCCUGAGUUUCGCCAAGGGGUACCAGACCAAAGUCGGCGAACAAGGCGUCAAGCUCUCCGGCGGCGAGGUGCAGCGACUGGCAAUCGCCCGCGUCUUCCUGAAGGACCCCCCGAUCCUCGUCCUGGACGAGGCCACUAGCGCUGUGGAUACCGAGACGGAGUCGGAGAUCCAGGGCGCGUUGAAGCGACUGAGCAGAAAAAGGACUACUUUUGUCAUUGCCCACCGGCUCUCGACUGUUGUGCAUGCAGACCAGAUCCUCGUGUUACAUGAGGGUACAGUCGUGGAGAGAGGAACUCAUGCGGAGCUGCUGGAGAAACGUGACCGAUACUAUAAUCUAUGGCAGAAGCAGGGUCUGGUAUCGGAGGAAACGCCUUUGGUUGAGCUAUAA